GAAGCGAUACCACGGUACAAAAUAGGGUCAGAAGAAACCAACCAGAGAGUGAUUCCAAAUCUCCAAUUAUUUCCCUCUUUAAUCCCCUCUCCAAUCAGAGCCUCAUCCUCACUGCAUUCUCCCUUCAGAUUUUGCAGAAAAAAAGUGAUUAUCAUCUCCAUCUUCCAAAAUUUUCCAAACGGGCAUGCAGGAAAAUUUUCAAUAGUAAAACGCCCUCCUUUUCUUUGUUUUCAUCUCCAUCUUUCAAAUUUCAAAAUGGGAUUUGAUGAAUAUAAUUUGUUUUCAUGAAGAAUCUUUCACCAUCCUAAAAACCGAGACUGAGUUCUGAGUUUUUACUUUGAUGGGUCCAAAUCCAAAGAUGAAAAGGGAAUUUCUUGACUCAACAAGGUCAUCACCAUUCCCAGAUGAAGUACUGGAACGAGUUCUUUCACUCUUGAAAUCACACAAAGAUCGUAGCGCAGUGUCUCUAGUAUGCAAGGACUGGUACAACGCUGAAAGCUGGUCAAGAACUCAUGUUUUUAUAGGAAACUGUUAUUCAGUCUCUCCUGAAAUUGUUGCACGUAGAUUUCCAAUAAUUAAGAGUGUUACUCUUAAAGGGAAGCCAAGAUUUUCUGAUUUUAAUCUAGUGCCUGAAAAUUGGGGAGCUGAUGUUCAUCCUUGGCUUGUAGUUUUUGCAACUAAGUAUCCGUUUUUGGAAGAGCUGAGGCUUAAGAGAAUGGCUGUUAGUGAUGAAAGUUUGGAGUUUUUGGCUGUUAAUUUUCCUAAUUUUAAGGUUCUUUCUCUGUUGAGCUGUGAUGGGUUUAGUACUGAUGGGCUUGCUGCUAUUGCCACUCAUUGCAAGAGUCUGACUCAGCUUGACAUACAAGAGAAUGGCAUUGAUGACAAGAGUGGUGGUUGGUUAAGCUGCUUCCCUGAAAACUUCACAUCAUUGGAAGUACUAAACUUUGCCAAUCUGAAUACUGAUGUCAAUUUCGAUGCACUUGAGAGACUUGUAAGUAGGUGCAAGUCACUGAAGGUUCUGAAGGUCAACAAAAGUAUUUCCUUGGAACACCUACAAAGGCUGCUAGUUUGUGCUCCACAAUUAACAGAGCUUGGUACUGGUUCAUUCACACCAGAGCUUACAACUCGUCAAUAUGCGGAGCUUGAAAGUGCAUUUAACCAGUGCAAGAAUUUAAAUACCCUUUCGGGUUUAUGGGAGGCAACAGCAUUAUAUCUACCAGUUCUGUACCCUGUCUGUUCAAACUUGACUUUCUUAAACCUGAGCUAUACUUUUCUGCAAAGUCUUGAACUUGCAAGUCUUCUCCGUCAAUGUCCACGACUUAGACGCCUCUGGGUCCUGGACACUGUGGGGGACAAAGGGCUGGAGGCUGUUGGAUCCAACUGUCCAUUGCUUGAGGAGCUCCGUGUCUUCCCUGCUGAUCCCUUUGAUGAGGAAAUUAUCCACGGGGUGACUGAAGCAGGGUUUGUUGCUGUCACUUAUGGAUGUCGAAGACUCCACUAUGUUCUCUACUUUUGCCGGCAGAUGACUAAUGCUGCAGUAGCAACCAUUGUGCAGAACUGCCCUGAUUUCACCCACUUUCGCCUUUGCAUAAUGAAUCCAGGCCAACCGGAUUACUUGACAAAUGAACCUAUGGACGAGGCUUUUGGGGCAGUGGUGAGGACUUGCACUAAACUACAGAGGCUUUCUGUUUCAGGUCUCUUGACAGACCUGACAUUUGAAUAUAUUGGGCAGUAUGCCAAAAAUCUGGAAACUCUGUCUGUGGCUUUUGCGGGCAGUAGUGAUAGGGGGAUGCAAUGUGUGCUAGAAGGUUGUCCAAAGUUGAGGAAACUUGAGAUAAGGGACUGCCCAUUUGGAAAUGUAGCACUUCUUUCAGGUUUGGAGAAAUACGAGUCAAUGAGGUCACUUUGGAUGUCAGCCUGCAAUGUGACAAUGAAUGGCUGUCUGUUAUUGGCAAGGGAGAUGCCCAGAUUGAAUGUUGAAGUAAUGAAAGAGGAUGGAAGUGAUGACUCUCAGGCUGAUAAAGUUUAUGUUUACCGUUCCGUUGCGGGGCCAAGAAGAGAUGCUCCACCUUGUGUACUCACUCUCUCAGGUUUAUAAAAUAUGCAGGAUCUUGUUUAAAUAACAAGACAAACCACGGCGUGCAGGGAUUGGGACACAGUUUAUACAACUGGAUGAUGUGGAUGGUUAAAAGGAAGAAAGAUGGACUGCAUGAAACUUGUAUUUGUUCUUCUACUGCUGUUUCCCUUACUGACACAGCAAAUAUGAAAAUAUGGAAGCUAAAUAUACUACAAAGCUUAUGCAUCAACAAUCUCCAGGGCUGGAUACAGCUUCUCUUCCCAAACCUUUGAAAAGCAAGAUUGCAAGGUUUCCUAUGCAGAAAUGGAUGAAGCAGCCAUGGUAAUGGGUCACAAAGGAACCAAAAUCCAUCCCCACAAUGCAUUGCCAUCCUGGUCCAUGCACCCUGUCAAAGUCCUGCAAAAACAAGAAUCCCCAAAAUUGGCUUUCUUCAAUUAUUUAAUUCCAAAUAAUCAUCUUGUUACUUUCCAGGAGCUUACCUUCUUUAUGAAGCGGGCAAUAUCAGUGGACUCGGUAACAUCAAAGAUAUCAAGGGCCUUCGCAGCUAAGUGAAGUGCAUCCUGCUGCAUGGUUUGAAGCAUGUCAGUCUCGCCAACAACAGCUUUGCCUUCUAACAUGGUUGAAGGAUGCUUUGUUACUGGGUAUGGCGGAAGAGUUGAAAAGAGAAAGCAGUGGUGGUAGAGGAAUGGCUUCUGCAAGGAUUAUAUAGACCUGUUGACACAGGAGUGGCCAGUGGUUGCUGGUGCUUAGUCAUACAAUGUGUUGGCAGCUUGCAUCGACUGGUGCAAUAGAAGAAUGCCAAGUAUGGCAGACAUAGUCUGCUGGGGCCUGACGCAUAUCGGAGAUUUGAUCUGGGACCAAUUCUGAUCAAUGGCUUAUGGUUGCUUAGUGUGGAAGGGGAUGUUCUUUCUAGGUCCACGUUAUCUUUGAGAUGUUGGAUGUUUGUGGUUGUAUGACUGGUAUUUGCCAUGAUUUUGCUGGAGAAUGUUGAAAGGUUCAUAAUUUCUUGUCC